AUGACAUCCCGCAGACCCUGGUCGACGACGACACUAGUUGGUACAGCUAUGGUCGUGAUGUUUGUAACCAUGGCGAGUGGUCUGUGUCCGUCUCGUUGCAAAUGCGACGACGAGUUCUUACGAGCAUCCUGUGCCGGGGCCAGUCUGGACGUGGUUCCGAUCCAGCUGAACCCGGACAUCCGGCACUUGGACCUCUCCGACAACCGAGUGUCCAACGUCCACCUCACGUUCGGCUUCUACGGGAACCUGGAGAGCCUGGACUUGAGCUCGAACUUCAUCCACACAUUGGGCUCCGACAACUUCAACCUCCAACAGCGCCUAAUGCUGCUGAACGUCAGCUACAACGGGAUACGAACGUUAAACAAAAACGCAUUGAAGGGCUUAGAUGCCCUGAAAGAGUUGGACUUGUCUGGCAAUAACGUAACCGAGAUGGAUCCGCAAUGCUUCCGGUUCACGAGCGAGCUGGAGUUGUUGAACCUGAGCGGCAACUCGAUGAUCAGUUUGCCGGAAGACCUGCUAAAGUACCUCCACAAGAUCCGUUCUCUGAUCCUCAGCAAGAACUCCUUCCUAGAAAUCCCCACCAGCAACUUGGUCCUAACGCCCAGCCUGGAGCGAUUGGACCUCUCGGACAACCUGAUCCAGGAGCUGGACCGAGAUUGCCUGCCGUCGCUGCCGUCUCUGGUCCACCUGAACCUGGCGAACAACGUCAUCAGAAGCGUCUCCGACGACGCCUUCGACGGACUGUCCAGCUUGCUGCACCUAGACAUGUCCGGGAACAACCUGACUUCCGUGCCCACCGCCGCCUUGGCCAAGUUGAACGUCCUGACCACGCUGAUCCUCAGGAGGAACCCUCUCGGCUCCCUGAAGACCGUGGCCUUCCGCAACCUCUUCGAGCUGCGGAUCCUGGACCUGGACGAGUGCAUCAUCGAUAACGUCCACGCGAGAGCCUUCGCCGAUAACGUGAACCUAGAAAGGAUCUCUCUAGACGGGAACCACGACCUGAGGGUCCUGCCUUCUAGGAUCCUCUACGGAGCCAGAUACCUGCGCAGAGUGUCUCUUCGGCGGUGCAACCUGGCGACCCUGCAGCCCACCCACUUCCCCGUGGACAGUCUGCAGUCCCUACGAGUAGGGGGCAACCCUUUCGUCUGCAACUGCUCGAUGCAUUGGCUGUGGAACGUCCUGCGGACCGAAGAGCGCCGGAACGAGUCCAGGCUGGAGUUGGACGCCAAGAACAUUGCCUGCGCCGACGAGGAGAACCUGAGCAAGCCCCUGGUCUCUUUACCAGAAGCUGCCCUUCGGUGUCGACUGAGCCCUCUGUAUCUCUCCCUGUCCGCGGCAGGCUGUAUCGUGGCCACUGCCGUCAUCCUCGUGCUCAUCGCUCAUAUCACUCGGUCCAAGAGGAGGAAACGAGCCGAUUACGAGUACGCCGCCCCAAACCGACCCGAACUCCUCGUUUACGUGGGCAGGGGCCACGACGAGAUGGAGAAGAACCACGAGUCCUACAGCAGGAGGCUGAUCGGCCGAAACGAGGAGAACAUCUACGACCUUCCUAGAGGCAAAGUCAAUAGGAGGUCCCAUGAAUCGAAUAUCUACGACACCCCUCGAUUUUCCCAUCCUAGUCUCUGCGAUCUCGACUCGUACGAGCGACCCGUGGAGAACGGAGUAUAUGCCGUGGCCGAUGUCACCAAUCUGCGGGACGAGCCUCCCGAGGUCCUAUCUCUCUAUCGAAUGCAAUCUCCGCCGGCUAAUAGAGCGAACUUCGCUACUUCCGUGGACCACGAUUACGAGAGGGAUUUCGAGCGCCAUUUGCCCCAGAAGCCUCAUGUGGUUUUCGUCUGA